AUGUUGGUUGAAGCUGAUGAGCACAGCAAUGUUCAUCGGAAUCUCUCCUCACUUGUUCCAAAUUCUAGUGCAGACUGCUUUCACGUUCCAAAAUUCAUUUAUACAAAAGUGAAGAAUGUUUGCGUUAAAAUUGUCAGCAAGGUGAAGAUGAAAAUUGGAAUUACCAAAAAUGAAGUUGGCGUUGUAAAAAAAACAAGGGAAGAUGUCAUGGCCAGAGCUUGUGGGCGAAAAAGGGGAGGUGGUAAGAUCCAGGAUUAA